AUGGUGCAGUACGUUUUCACACCGUGGCGCGACCGAUACGAGCUUUUGCUUGUGCGCGAGCAGAUAUACACAGGCAUCACCACCAGUGCCCAAGAUUCAACGCAGAAGCCAGGGCAAAAUGUCAACCAAUCUGGACGCAGCGAAAACGUGAGGAGACUUCAAGGCAUAAAUGAUAAGGAGACGCGGACGAGACAGCACCAAGCGGUUGCACGGGUGUUGAUGUGGGUGCAGCGAGGGAAUUGUCCUCAUAUGGUUGAGUCGACGGCGCUCUUGAUGGCUGCAAUGCUGAGUGAUCAGGAGGCUGCCGCUACAGAAAACGCAGCUCUAUCGGCAUCUAUCAGGGGCACAUACUCAGCUGCCUUCAGCAGAUUUGUCACCGGUCUUCUCGACAGUCAUCAAGACAAGCAGCGCAAACAAAGCAUGUAUUCAAUCGCAAAAACCAUCGGCCUGCCGGCUACCUUUGUCGAGCUGCGCCACCAGUCUACACACGAGCAACUGCCUUCGCUGACAAAGCUACGCACAGCGACCAAGAAAGCUUUGCUGUGGAUCUGGGAUUACUACUGGAAGCAGCUGGGCGAGGACAGUAGCGAUCCAUGUCGAAAGGCAGUGUUGCGGUAUCUUGGCGAAGGAGACCAAGGGAAGCUGGGAGCUGUAGCUGAGGAAUUUGGACGGUGGCCUAAGGAGCGAGUGCUCAAGACGAUUCAAGAGGUCAGAGGCAGUUUACCGGGGAACCAAGCGUUUCUCAAAUGUGCUGAGUUAACGAAACGGCUACAAGGAGCUGACGAAGAGAAGAAAGUGGUGGGAAUUAAUGCUUUGGAUAUGGCCAUGAAGGAUACUGAACUGGAUGCCGGUGUUGGAGAUGGGGAGGAUGACUUUGGAUGGUCACAGUUUGAAGGCAAUUGGAAGCCCAAACCCAUUGGAAUUGUCUAG